AUGCCAGGUAGCUGCAACGAUAUUAAUGUGCUUCAUCGAUCCCCUGUGUUUGAAGACGUCUUAGAGGGUCGGACACCUCCUGUCAACUUCGUAGUCAAUGGUCAUCAUUAUACGAAUGGGUAUUAUCUUACUGAUGGAAUCUACCCUAGAUGGGCUUCUUUUGUGAAAUCCAUUACGAGUCCACAAACUCAUAAGGAUCGUUUAUUCGCAAAACACCAGGAAGCUGCAAGAAAAGACGUUGAACGUGCAUUUGGGGUCCUUCAAGCUCGUUUUGCCAUUAUUAAAAAGCCGUCUUUGGCGUGGGAUACCGACAUACUCCACAAUAUCAUGCUCGCCUGCAUCAUAAUACAUAAUAUGAUCGUUGAAGAUGAACGAGAGACGUAUCAAAAUAACGUUAAUACCAAUGAGUUUAUGAAUGCUGGAGGGAACGCUAAUGAGGACACUACCGAGCACCGUACUGAUCGUAUUGUGGAUAUCGGCUUAUACUUGUCUCAUAGAACAGAGAUUGAGGAUCAACAGACUCAUUUGCAGCUAAAAAACGACUUGGUCGAACAUAUAUGGAAUAAAUUUGGUAACAACGAAAACUUAGGCAACUAG